AUGGUAGCCGAUUCAGAGCAGCAUCGUCGAGUAGGACUACUUUCGCCCGCUGUUUCCGAACACCCCAUAUCUCGCCUUCUUGUUGGCCCUCCACUCUUCAUCUCUUGGCUGCUCUUGACCCGCUACCUGCUUUGCCGGAUCGAUUUGAACCAAGGUGGUAUGGUAACUGGCUUUUUCUACAACCUUCUGCUUUUGUAUCUGCCCCUUGUUGGACUUUUUGUCUAUCAUCGGACGCGGCUGCUACAGAUUUUAAACGUCUCCUCUUCACUGCACUCCCAACGUAGCCCAUUAUCUCAGUUGAUAUUGACGUCCAUCUGUGACUUCUUUGAAAUUUGGGCCAAGGUUGUACGAAUUAAUCACCGAUUGGCCCGCACUUGCUCCGACCAGCACUCUUUUCCCAAUACGUUAUCACAGCAUUUCCGUUCAUUCUUCUAUGAUGGAGGCGAGUAAACACUUCACAGAAAUUGUCCAUUACACUGUUGAUCCGCACGCGAAAACUCUUCGACUCGUUCGUCAUCAAUGUCCAGUCAAUGGCUGCGA